AUGACGACUGCGACUGUUCAAAACGGAUCGAACGAUUCUAAAAAACGUAAAGUUGCUUUAAUUACUGGUAUUACAGGACAGGAUGGAAGUUAUCUAACUGAAUUUUUACUUAAGAAAGGUUAUGAGGUUCAUGGUGUUAUUCGACGUUCAAGUAGUUUUAAUACUGGUCGAAUAAAUCACCUUUAUGCAAAUCCAGAAUCACACAAAGAAGGAGCUAUGAAAUUACACUAUGGUGAUUUAAAUGAUAGUUCAUCACUCGUUAAAUUAAUUGCUAAUAUUAAACCAACUGAAAUCUAUAAUUUAGGAGCACAAAGUCAUGUUAAAAUUUCAUUUGAUUUAAGUGAAUAUACAGCUGAUGUUGAUGCUGUUGGUACUUUACGUAUAUUAGAUGCUAUUCGAACGUGUGGUCUUGAAAAAGAAGUACGUUUUUAUCAAGCAUCAACAUCUGAACUUUAUGGAAAAGUUCAAGAAAUUCCACAAAGUGAAACAACACCAUUUUAUCCUCGAUCACCUUAUGCUGCUGCUAAAUUAUAUGCAUAUUGGAUAACGAUUAAUUAUCGUGAAGCCUACAACAUGUUUGCUGUUAAUGGUAUUCUUUUUAAUCAUGAGUCACCACGACGAGGUGAUAAUUUUGUUACGAGAAAAAUAACUCGAUCUGUUGCUAAAAUUCAUCUUAAUCAACAACAGUCACUUGAACUUGGUUCAUUGGAUUCAAAACGUGAUUGGGGACAUGCACGAGAUUAUAUUGAAGCUAUGUGGUUAAUGUUACAGUUAGAGACACCAGAAGAUUUUGUUAUUGCUACAGGUGAAACACAUAGUGUUCGAGAAUUUGUCGAAGCAGCAUUUCAAGAAAUUGGAAAAGAAAUUGUAUGGGAAGGUGAAGGUGUGAAAGAAGUUGGCAAAGAAAAAAAUACAAAUAUUAUUCGUGUUUCGGUUAAUGAAAAAUAUUUUCGACCAACGGAAGUUGAGCUUUUAAUUGGUAAUCCGAAAAAAGCUGAAGAAAAACUUAAAUGGAAACCAAAAAUUACUUUUAAAGAAUUAGUGAAAGAAAUGGUUGCAGCUGAUAUUGAACUCAUGCGAAAAGAUCCAACAGCUUAA